UCGCCCUCGGACUCCGCUCCGGCUGCGAGCGGCCGCCCUCCUCGCGCCCACCGCUGACCCAUCGGGCUCUCCGCGCCGGACCAGCUCCUCGGCUCCCGGGGCAGGACCGAGGCCGCAAGCAGCGCCGCGGGGUGUGGGGCAGACCCAGGAGAUGAAAUGACAACGUCAACCCUCCAGAAAGCCAUUGAUCUGGUGACAAAAGCCACAGAAGAGGAUAAAGCCAAGAAUUACGAGGAGGCGCUCCGGCUGUACCAGCAUGCCGUGGAGUACUUCCUGCACGCUAUCAAAUAUGAAGCACACAGUGACAAAGCCAAGGAGAGCAUUCGAGCCAAGUGCAUGCAGUACCUGGACCGGGCGGAGAAGCUGAAGGAUUACUUACGAAACAAAGAGAAGCAUGGCAAGAAGCCAGUCAAGGAGAAUCAAAGCGAGAGUAAGGGCGAUAGUGACAGUGAAGGGGAUAAUCCAGAGAAAAAGAAAUUGCAAGAGCAGCUGAUGGGUGCCGUCGUGAUGGAGAAGCCCAACAUCCGGUGGAAUGAUGUGGCUGGGCUGGAGGGAGCCAAGGAGGCCCUCAAAGAAGCUGUCAUUUUGCCAAUUAAAUUCCCGCACUUGUUCACAGGCAAGCGUACCCCUUGGCGGGGGAUACUGCUCUUUGGACCGCCCGGCACAGGGAAAUCCUACCUGGCCAAAGCAGUGGCAACGGAGGCCAACAACUCCACCUUCUUCUCUGUGUCCUCCUCAGACUUGAUGUCUAAGUGGCUGGGGGAGAGCGAGAAGCUAGUCAAGAAUCUGUUCGAGCUGGCCCGGCAGCACAAGCCCUCCAUCAUCUUCAUCGACGAGGUGGAUUCGCUCUGCGGAUCCCGCAACGAGAAUGAGAGCGAGGCUGCCCGCAGGAUCAAAACGGAGUUCCUAGUCCAGAUGCAGGGGGUGGGGAACAACAAUGAUGGGACUCUGGUGCUAGGUGCCACAAACAUCCCGUGGGUGUUGGACUCGGCCAUUAGAAGGAGGUUUGAAAAGCGAAUUUAUAUCCCAUUGCCGGAGGAGGCUGCCCGUGCCCAGAUGUUCCGAUUGCAUCUGGGGAGCACUCCUCACAACCUCACAGAGGCUAACAUCCACGAGCUGGCCCGGAAGACAGAAGGCUACUCGGGCGCAGACAUCAGUGUCAUUGUGCGGGACUCCCUCAUGCAGCCUGUGAGGAAAGUGCAGUCAGCAACACACUUCAAAAAGGGCUCAGAAACCCGAGGUGUCCCCAGAUGCCAAGGGGCAGCCCCUCCAGCCAGUCAGGCUCCUGUUUGGUUUCAGGUCUGUGGCCCUUCCCGCACCAACCCUAGCAUUAUGAUCGAUGACCUCCUGACCCCAUGCUCUCCGGGGGACCCAGGGGCCAUGGAGAUGACUUGGAUGGACGUCCCUGGUGACAAACUCCUAGAGCCUGUGGUUUGCAUGUCGGACAUGCUGCGGUCCUUGGCCACCACUCGGCCCACUGUGAAUGCAGAAGACCUCCUGAAAGUGAAGAAGUUCUCAGAGGACUUUGGACAGGAGAGUUAAAAGCUUCUUCACUUGCCUGAUGGUGAAGGUGGGAGGUUGAUUGGGGUCAGUCCACGGUACUCCCCAGGUCAGUGGCCACACAGAGCUCCAGGGCUCGUCCCAAGGCCGCUGCAGCGAACCCCUGCUGACUGGCCGUCAGUGGGGGAGCAGGAAGGAAGGGCCUCCCCGCCGCGGAGUCGCAGAAGCACAUACGGUACCUGGGGUGUACUGGCUCUUCCUGCUUCCUCCUCCUCCUCUUCUGGAUGCUCACCAUCUCCUUGUCCUGCCCCUUCCCAUGGUGGUUUUUUAAGCCAUUCUUUGUUCCCCUAAAUUAAUGCUGCUUGGAUUUUUGACUUGUUUAUAAAUUUAAAACCUGCCCGAGGCAUCGGGGAGUGGGAGCGGCCCCGGCCUUGGAGUUGGCGCAGCGGCCCUUCAGAAUGGCUGCCCAGUGCCCCCCGCUGCCCCUCCCUUCCAGAUCCAAGUAUUGCUCCGAGUGAACAGAAUGGCUGUUGCCCGGGGUCCCCAGUCCACUCUGCCUCUAUGGGCCACGAGUAGAGCCAAGCCAUUCGCUUCCUCCGGGCCCCGAGUCCUCCCUGCAGGAGGAGAGGACGGUUUUUGUGAGCACAAAGCUGUGUAGAUCAGACCGAGGGAACGCAGUCAGGCCGGUGUCACUGCUGCCUCUUUUUAAUCCCUCUGAAGGUGAGAACACUGAGGCCAGCCACUGCCCCGGGCCCCUGUCCUGGAAGCGGGCUAAUAAACCCUUUCCAUUUCUUGACCCACCUGAGAGUGCUCUCAUCUUUGACUCCUGUCUGGGGGCUCCUUGAAGGCCACACUUGCUUCCCCUAGAAAGACCCUCUGGUCUCU